UCACGCCCCCUUCCACGUCGACCCGCACCUUCGCCAUAUUUUCGUUCACGUUGAGGACCCGCAGCGCUGUUUGCCACCGAGCUGAGAAGGUGAAGCCUCCGCACGACACGGCACAAAGUGCGAAAAGGGGAGAUACCUCCGAGCUGAAAGAGAACGUCUGCGUUAGCUUCCUAGCUGCGUCUGCCUGCUAAUCCUGCGACCAUGAACAUCUUCAGACUGACAGGGGACCUCUCUCAUCUCGCAGCUAUCAUCAUCCUGCUGCUCAAAAUAUGGAAAAGCAGGUCAUGUGCUGGUAUCUCUGGAAAGAGCCAAAUCCUGUUUGCUAUUGUGUUCACCACACGUUACUUGGAUCUGCUCAGCUCCUUCAUCUCCCUCUAUAACUCAUGCAUGAAGGUGAUCUACAUCGGUUGUGCAUAUGCCACAGUCUAUCUGAUCUACAUGAAAUUCAGGGCUACCUACGAUGGCAACCACGACAGCUUCCGGGUGGAGUUCCUGGUUGUUCCCGUUGGAGGCCUCGCUGUUCUCAUCAACCACGACUUCUCUUUCCUAGAGAUCCUUUGGACGUUCUCCAUCUACUUGGAGUCGGUGGCAAUCCUUCCUCAGCUCUUCAUGAUCAGCAAGACUGGCGAGGCGGAGACGAUCACCACCCACUACCUGUUCUGCCUCGGCCUGUAUCGAGCCCUCUACCUCUUCAACUGGAUCUGGCGUUUCUACUUCGAGGGCUUCUUUGACAUGAUUGCUAUUGUGGCCGGUGUGGUGCAGACUAUCCUCUACUGUGACUUCUUCUACCUUUAUGUCACCAAAGUGUUGAAAGGCAAGAAGCUGAGUCUGCCUGCGUAAAACAUGGAAGAAUGAGAUGGCGACUCCCUGCAGGCUCGGGCUGUGUGUGUGUGGAGAUGACAUCGUGGAAUCUAGUGACCUAUAGCAAAGGAUGCCUGAGACAGAGAGCCAACUAACGGGGAAAAACACUAGUCUUCUUGAUGAUUGCUGAUUGAACUGGUUAAUGCCAACAAACACCAGAGCUGGACAAAGAUCAUCCCAGAUCAACCUUUGGAUUUCUGUGUUCAGCAUCUUGCCUUAAACUUCUUUUCAUUGCUGUUCAAAUUGGAGAAAAGGCUUCUUCCUAUUUUUUUUUAUACAUGCGAGGUGUAUACGCAUUUUUUUUUUAUUUCUUAUUUUUAUAAAGUCACAAAUGGGGUUGUCUCUGAGAAAUACCUUGUUUGCCUAGGUAAUGAAAUGCACAAAUGUACAGUCUUAUUAAAGAGUGAGAUAAAGAGUAAUGUAUCCGAGUGCCUGAUGAGGAUUAUGUUCGUUUUCUCACAGUUUUCUGCUUUUUGUUUUACUUAAGGAUUUUUUUUGUCUCAAUAAUUUUAUGCAUAUGCUGUAACACCUGCUCUUGGAAACAUUUUAAAGAGGCCAACACACAUCACACACACACGCACACACACGCACACACACACACACACACACACACACACACACACACACACACACUCACACACUUAUAUCUCCUUCUAAUAUCUUUCAAAACGUUUUAAAAAGAUUUUUCUCUCCUCAAUCAGCUUUUAUUUUUAAAAACAUACAACUCCUUCAGUUUAAGAUGUAACCUGUAAGAUACUUUUCUUAAAUGCCAGCAGUCAUGUGGGUAUCUCAUUUGGAAUUCAACUUUUCAUGUGGUCUUUUUUCCUCCAGCUUACUGUAUUGAAGAAGCCACCAUGCAAUGCAAUCAUUCUAUAGAUUUCAUACAAUCUUUAAAGAAUGCUACGUUGCAUUUCGGAUGAAGAGAUAGCACAAACUUUGUUUCUGUCACUGUUGCACUCCAGUAACAAACGCAUGAACACCUAACAGUGAUAUGUCUGUUAUCUGGAGGUAAAAAUCACUGAUGUCACAGUAGAGAAGUAAUGACUGAACACAGAUUGAACUUCUCAUGAAGGGAUGAGAAGUGUGCAGAUGUCUGGCAUUGAGGUUGACUGGUUGAGACGUUUCACUUGUGAACUGAGUGUUUGGAGUGUGAACAGUUCAACAGAUCUGACAUUGUGCUGCUCAGUAAUUGAAUGUGGGUAGUCAUGUUGUCCAAUUAACGCAUUUAUAUUACAUUUAAAUGCCUCAACCUUUUCAGAAUUGCCAUUCCUAAAGGAUUAUUUCAACUUUUUAUGUCACUUUUGUUUUUUGCAUGAUAUCACCUCCAUUAAAGAUUUUAUGAAAAUCA